UGUCGCAUUCCACGAGACUCCGCACCGAUCAUGUGACCGCCGUGUUUCGUGAACCGUUCCAGUCAGUCCAAGUGGUCCAAGUUGGCAGCACACCGGUUCGGUUCAGAGUCCGCGAUAUUAUCCAAUUAAUACCUAUUCUCCACACCCAGGAAGGGAUAUAAUCACACAAGAUUACACCUCAAAUGGCACAAACCACAAGACUACUCGUGACGACUGGUACUUUCUUAAGAAGCACCUGCAAUUCCCUCUCGAUGGCCGCGAGAUCUUCUAGUUCAUGGUGGUCUCAUGUUGAAAUGGGACCACCAGAUGUCAUUCUGGGAGUCACUGAGGCUUACAAGAGAGAUCAGAAUCCAAAAAAGAUAAAUUUAGGUGCUGGAGCUUAUAGGGAUGAUAAUGGCAAACCAUAUGUUCUUCCAAGUGUUCGUAAGGCAGAGGAGAAAAUACGAAUCAAAGAAAUGGACAAGGAAUAUUCCACAAUCGCUGGCAAUCUUGAGUUUUGUCAGCACAGUAUUAAUUUAGCUCUUGGAGAGGGAAAUGAAGUUGUUGCAAAUGGAUUGAAUGCAACGGUUCAAGGAAUUUCUGGUACUGGUUCUCUGUUUGUCGGAGCACAAUUUCUAUCUCAUCAUUUUCCUGGCAAUAAAGAUAUUUAUCUGCCAACUCCUACGUGGGGAAAUCACAUCCCUCUAUUUAAACUUGCCGGGCUUACAGUCAAAUCCUAUCGUUAUUACGAUCCAACAACGUGUGGUUUGAACUUUAAAGCGCUAAAGGAAGAUAUAUCUAAUAUUCCCGAGAAGUCAAUUAUCCUUCUACAUGCAUGUGCUCACAAUCCUACUGGCGUUGAUCCCAAACCGGAACAAUGGGGAGAAUUGUCUACUCUAAUUAAAAAGAAGAAUCUGUUCCCAUUUUUUGAUAUGGCGUAUCAAGGCUUUGCCUCAGGAGAUCUUACAAGAGAUGCUCAUGCAGUCAGACUAUUCAUUAAGGAAGGUCACAAAAUUGCCUUAGCUCAAUCUUAUGCUAAAAAUAUGGGUCUUUAUGGUGAACGUAUUGGAGCAUUCACGUUAGUGACAUCUAGUAAAGAUGAGGCUGCCCGCACUCUGUCGCAAUUGAAAAUUCUGAUCAGGCCGAUGUAUUCGAAUCCGCCGAUUUACGGAGCUCGUAUAGUUAACGAGAUCCUCGGCGAUCCUGAAUUGCGAAAAGAAUGGCUGGGUGAUGUGAAGGGUAUGGCUGAUCGCAUUAUUUCGGUUCGCACAAAACUGCGCGACAAUCUGAAGAAGAACGGUAGCACUCGCGAUUGGUCUCACAUCACCGAUCAGAUCGGAAUGUUCUGCUACACUGGUCUAAAGCCGCACGAGGUGGAAAGGCUCACAAAGGACUUUAACAUUUAUCUAACGAAAGACGGUCGCAUCUCUAUGGCUGGCGUAACGUCUAAGAAUGUAGAGUACUUGGCACAUGCAAUACAUGAGGUUACCAAAUAACUUCCGCCGCUAAACUGUUAAUUACAUAUAUAUUAUCAUUCACCCGAAACCGCCUUUACCAAUGAUAAUAUAUAUAUAUAUACCGCACAAUCUAUUUUACAGUAUACAAAUUGAACAUUUGAACAUAACUUAAUUUAGAAUCUAAAUCAUAGAAAAAUAUACAAAGUCACACGCAGCACAGAUAUAGUUAAUAUAGAGUUAAUAAUUCUGGAGGUUCUUCAAUAUACUUGAUUUAUUAAAUA